CUCUUUUAAUGUUGUUAGUGGAGCUUGUUAGCUCUGCUGCUUCUGCAGAGCUACUCUGCUGAAAGAAGACAACACCUUACGUUUCACAAGAGCUGCUGCAUAUCUAAUACAGGAUUUUUCAUCUUCCUCAUAAAAACUGGACCCGUCUGUGAACCAUGCUGAAUAUUCUGUGGCACAAAGUCAGCAACAGAGCUUUUAUCUGAUAACAGUUGACAGAGAUUACCAAUGAAGUGACAGUACUCAACCAUCUGUCAAGAACGAGAGAUGGAAAGAGGAUAGACAAGAACUGCAACUGUGAAAUGGACAAAGAAAUGGAACUUUGGAGUUCAGUGUUCAUAGGGAGAUUCUGAACUACAAAAUUUUUUAUUCUCAUAACUUCCUAUGUAAUCUAAACUUUUCACAAAUUGCAUGGAAUAGAGUGAAAAUAUUUAUAAAAUGCAAUUUAAAUAGGGCUGUAGAAGGGAGUAAGUGAAUAUGGGUAGCUUUGGUUUCUGUACAGGAUAUGAUAUUAAUAGUAUUAUACAUUUCACGUGUAAUGACUUGAUUUUGUAGCCUCCUUUCUCUCCUCCACUGCAGCCCAGCUAUCUACGACCCAAGGUAAUGUCGCAUAACUCUGAGAAUUCUGAGGAAAUCCCUAGAAUCUGUGAAAGAGCUGCAAAAAAAGUUAAUAGAGUGGAAUCCUUCAAGAUAAGAACAGCAAAAUCACAGACAGAGAUGAGAUUGUUGAGAUGGAGAUAGGCAGCAAUUCAAGGAUUCAAGAGGGAAAACAUUAUCAUGAAAAGGAAUAAAAUAUGAAGGGAAAAAUGGAGAUUUGAAAGAUGGCAAUUCAGCCACACCAUGGAUCUAUUCCAGAGCAGUGAAAACUAGCCCUAUCCCACCUCACCAAGAACUUUUUGGCCAGUAAAUUGUUCUUUUAAUUUUUAUUCAGCGUGUUGAUUGUGCUAGCGCAUUGUAGUUUAUUAAUUUGAGCUAACUUUUGUCUGUAGUAACUAUCCAGUAACUGCUGUACAUUUUUAAGUUUAAUUGUCCUGAAGGUUAGUUCAGGACAAGAUGUCAAGCAAUUGCUACAGGAAUUAUCUUGUGGUUGAGCAUAUUAAACAAUUCAGGAAACACAAAAUUAUCAUUUCCUGAUUGUGCGACAGUUCUCUUCUUAUAGGACAAUUCUGAUUGGUAGAGCAGUGGCCAAGUUGGCAGAAUUCCUGUGCAGUUCCUUCUCCAGCAGUGAUUAUCUGGAGAGAAGCUGCUAAAAUGGAAUAUGACUUUCCUGAGUAUCGUAAGUCAGAGCUCAUUCACAGUUGUUCUAACCUAGGGCUCAAUGCCCUAGAAUUGCUAUCCAUCCUGGGGCACUCUCCACCAUUUUAUCUACCUGGAGUAUAUUGGAAAAUCCAAAUCUCCAUCUUUAAAGAAAAAUAAAAGAAAAACUAACAUGUCCUUUUCUCUGAUGAUAAUACACAAAAGCUUUAAACUAUUUGUUUCAGUUUCUUUUUUUCCCCCCUAUUUUUCUUGAUAAACAUUUUGAAAAGUUAAUAUUUCUUGAUACUAUUACAAAAUCUUUACAGAAGAAAAUCUUUAAAAUGAUCUUUAAAAGAUCUUUACAAAUCUUUCCAAAAAAAGAUAAUAGGUCAUCAUGUGACAGUGUUUUGAAUCUGGUUUCAAAAUUAGAUUAACUUUCUGUGUCAGUUAUCUACUCCAAAUUAUAUGUUAAUUGGCUUUUCCCUUUGCUGGCCAGCACUAGAUACAAGAAUACAACACACCAAUGUGAAAUCUGUGAGAUCAGAAUCUCUCAACACAAGUUCUCUCUGGAAGCAUAAGCAGUUGAAACUUCACCAGAAUUCCUGAGACGCAUAAUUUUAAAUGUCUUUGUUUGUUUGUUUGCCGUUACAGAGUAAAUUGAUGAUCAAUUUAUUCAUAAAAUAUUAGACAUUUUAAUGCAUAAAAGGGGGUUAGAUAAAUCAAUUUAGGUAAGUUAAUGUGUGGAAAUAACCCGAGAUAAUUAAUAGUGAGCUUCAGUACAGAAUAAUCUGGGUUUCCCAAAUAUGUGCAGUCAAAAAAUUGCUGUAACAAGAAGAAUGUUACUGACAAGACUUGUGAAUGAUCUGGGAAAACGAUCACUAAGAGAAGGAUUUAACACUUAUUACAGCUUAUUGUUACAGUACAAUCUCUCAUUGCAAUAGUGUGCCCAAGAGAUAUGACUGAAAUCCUGCUUUUGUAUCAUGCUUGAAAAUAGAAUCACAGCCCUAAUUUAACCAUUACGGGUCUCUCAAAGAAAUUUCAAGAGAUCUGAUAGUCAUCUUUCAAAAACCCCAAAAGUUCUUCUGCUCAAAAUUCUAGAUAAUGAUUCAUAAAUAUCAUCCAGAACUUGUAAAAUGGAAAUGGAAAUUCUGUAAAAUUGAAAACUUGUAAAUGGAAAUAGGCUACUGCCUUAGUAAAUAGAGAGCUGAGUAAACCUUGACAAUAUCUAUAAGUAUUUUCACAUAAAAAAAAUAUUUGACAAUGAAGGUCCUGAAAAAAAAAAGUAAUAUCCAAGAAGUAUUGUUCUGUCUUGAAUGAAACAAUUUACGUGAAGGGAAAUGGAGCACAGAAGCAGGUAGCCAACUGAGCUUCCCUGCCCUUGCACACUGGCAUUACUGGGCCUGGUACAACCCAGUGUAGGGUUGGCCCUUUGGGCUGCAAGGGCACACUGCUGGCUCAUGUUCAGCUUGCUGUCAGCCAGAACCCCUGGAUUCCUUUCUGUGGGGCUGCUAUCCCACCUCUUGUCCUCCAGUCGGUACAUAUAUCCAGGACUGCUCUAUCCCAGCUGCAGAAUCCAGCACUUGCUUAAACUUCAUGAUUGCCCGGCCCUCUAAUUUCUUAAGAUCUCUCUGCAAGGCCUCUUUACUCUCAAUGAAGUCAAUAGCUCCUACCAAUUUAGUGUCAUACACUCAGCAUACCUUCAAGUCCUCAAAUCAUUGAUGAAAGCACUGAAGAGAACUGGAUCUAAAAUGGAGCCCUGCAGAACCCCACUAGUAACUGGCCUCCAGCCUCAUGUAACCCCAUUACUUUAACCUUUCAGUACAACCCCUCAGCCAAUUGUUCCCUCAUCACUGUAUGUUUUAUUGAGCUGUAUGCUGGAUAUUUUGCCCGGAAGGAUGUUGUGAGAAACAGUAUCAAAACCUUUGAUGAAAUCCAAAAAGAUUACAUCAACUGGUUUCCCUUGGUAGUUAGGUAAUGAUUUACAGCACAAUGUGAGAUACAAGAGAUUAGAAAAGAGAUUUAGUGAUCUUUUUCUAACCUCAACUUUUGUGCAAUAGUGAUGCUAUAUCAUUGUCAAAGUUGAGAAGCUCUAGAGAAAUAAGCUAAGUAGAUAUAAACUAUGGUAUUGCACAAAGCACGUUGACACACAAGUUAAAAUCUAGAAAUAUUCCCAUUAAUUGCUGUAGAUAGUGGUCUAUACAGAUAUCUCAGGAUGACUGGUCAUCAUCAGGCAAUACUUUUAUUUGCUAACCUUUGGCAUUUUUCUUGACUUACAAUGGCAAAUUACAUUUUCUAAUGUAAUCCUCACUCUGAUAAGUCUUUGUAUUCCAAAAUAUUUUAAAAAGUACACUUUUUUUUUUUUUUUUAAUGUUGAGGUUACAGAUAUACAUGACUAAAAGGGACAAAACCAAUAUUAUCAGAUGAAGCAAGUUUUGUUUGGACAAACUGAUAGAAAACUUGCAGAGAAAUUCUUAUAAAUCGAUUUGUUUUCUAGGACGGGUUUUUUUAUUUAUCUUUUUAUACAUUUCACACAUGUAAAGGUGUUUAACAUAUCUAUUUUACUGUAUACAUUCAAAUAAUAACUGUAACAGUUAUUAGUAGUGCCAUUAAUUUCUUUAAAAUAUUUCAAAUUUCUUUGUUUGUUAUAAUUUUCAGUGAAGUACUGCCAGCUGAUGCUGGUAAAUACUUCACCAAUAAACUUUUCACAAUACAACAAAUGGUCCAUUCCAAUCAGUUUAGAAUCUGAAUGUGCAUUAAAGAAUCAGGAGAAUUCUACCUGAGAAAAUUUCUAGCCUAGUUACUAACAAGACAUAUAUUGUCACAUGCCCGUGAUAACUUCAGGAGUUAUCCUACCAAUGUGUAUGAAUAUCUGAAGGGUGGGUGCAAAGAGGAUGGGACCAGGCUCCUUCCAAUGGUGCCCAGUGGCAGGACAAGAGGCAAUGGGCACAGACCGGAACACAGGAAGAUCCCCCCAAACCUCAGGAGUGCUCUGUGCUGUGGCACAGGUACCUGGGGCUGUGUGUGGGGUCUCCUUUGGAGAUCUUCAGAAGCCGCCCAGACAUGGCCUGGGCACCUGAUCUGGGCUGCCCUGCUGUUGCAGCGGCUGGGCCGCCUGUACUCAAAGGUCUCUGCCAACAUCAGCCACGCUGUGGCUCUGUGAUUUUGUUACUAUGGUAAAAACCUGUUUUCCUUGCAGGUUAUAUUACUCUCUGGAUUAGGAUUAGAAGAAGGGGAAAGAAACAAAACAUUAGCUUACUCCUUUUGCGUUAUUCAGUUUCAUUCUCACUGGGUGCUCAAGAAUGGAUUCAUCUUCAAGUAUUACUGUCACCUGGAACAUUCAGCACCAUAUGUGAUAAGAGAACUAGAAGCAAACAGAACGACUUGCACGGUGAGUGCACGUAUUAUUUUGCAGAGAACUAUCCUAAAUAAAUUUAAAAUGCAUUCUGAAGAUGAAAAGCAGAAGCAUACUGUCGAUGGAAAUACAUAUGAGAUCGCUAACUCCAACCAGGAUCAAGAUCCAGAAGAUGAAAAGAAGGGAAAGAAGAAGAAAGGGGAAAAGCCUCAAAUGGUCAGCCCGUUAGCACUGUUUCGAUACUCCAGCUGCACAGAUAAAUUAUUAAUGAUAUUUGGCUCUCUCUUGGCAAUAGCCCAUGGAACCAGUCUCCCUAUAGCAAUGAUAAUUUUUGGUGAUAUGACUGAUAGCUUUGUUACUUCUGGUAUGACAAAUAUUACAGGAAACUCUUCUGGACUGAAUUCCUCUGCAGACGUUUUUAACAAGCUGGAAGAAGAGAUGACAAGAUAUGCAUACUACUAUUCUGCAAUAGCAGCUGCUGUUCUUGUGGCUGCUUAUAUCCAGACCUCAUUCUGGACACUGGCAGCAGGUCGACAAGUUAAAAAAAUUAGAGAAAAAUUUUUUCACGCAAUUAUGAGACAGGAAAUUGGAUGGUUUGAUGUAAACGAUGCAGGAGAACUUAACACUCGUCUCAUAGAUGAUGUCAGCAAGAUUAAUGAAGGAAUAGGUGAUAAAAUUGGCUUUCUUAUUCAAUCGGAAACGACAUUUUUAACAGGAUUUAUUGUUGGUUUUAUAAGAGGAUGGAAAUUAACCCUCGUAAUUCUUGCAGUCAGUCCUGUCCUAGGACUUUCAGCAGCCCUCUGGGCAAAGAUUCUCACUGCAUUCACUGACAAAGAGCAAGCUGCAUAUGCAAAAGCAGGAGCUGUUGCAGAGGAAGUUCUGAGUGCAGUCCGUACUGUAAUAGCUUUUGGAGGACAAGAAAAGGAAAUUAAAAGAUAUCAUAAAAAUUUAGAAGAUGCUAAGCGCAUUGGAAUAAGAAAGGCUAUUACAUCUAAUAUUUCUAUGGGUGCUGCUUUCUUACUGAUAUAUGCAUCAUAUGCACUGGCCUUCUGGUAUGGAACUACCUUGAUCUUAGCCAAUGAGUACAGUAUUGGCAAUGUUCUUACAGUCUUUUUCUCUGUACUGAUUGGAGCUUUCAGUAUUGGACAGACUGCUCCAAGCAUAGAGGCAUUUGCUAAUGCAAGAGGAGCAGCCUAUGCAAUCUUUAAUAUCAUAGACAAUGAACCUGAAAUUGACAGUUAUUCAGAUGCAGGCCACAAACCAGACCACAUUAAAGGGAAUUUGGAAUUCCAAAAUGUUUUCUUCAAUUACCCAUCCAGACCAGAUGUUGAGAUACUGAAAGGCUUGAAUCUCAAGGUUAAUUGCGGCCAGACAGUAGCCCUGGUUGGUGGCAGCGGCUGUGGGAAAAGUACAACUGUUCAGCUCAUCCAGAGAUUUUACGACCCCAAGGAAGGCACGAUUACCAUUGACGGGCAGGAUCUGAAGAGCCUGAAUGUAAGAUAUCUGCGAGAGAUUAUUGGUGUGGUGAACCAGGAGCCCGUGCUGUUUGCUACAACUAUUGCAGAAAAUAUUCGUUAUGGCCGUGAGGAUGUCACCAUGGAAGAAAUUGAAAGAGCUACCAAGGAAGCUAAUGCUUAUGAUUUCAUCAUGAAGCUCCCCAAGAAGUUUGAAACUGUGGUUGGAGAAAGAGGGGCACAGAUGAGUGGAGGGCAGAAGCAGCGAAUAGCAAUUGCCCGUGCUCUGGUUCGCAAUCCUAAAAUUCUUCUGCUUGAUGAGGCAACGUCAGCUUUGGAUACUGAGAGUGAAUCCGUUGUGCAGGCAGCACUGGACAAGGCAAGAGAAGGACGGACCACAGUUGUAGUAGCUCAUCGUCUAUCAACAGUCCGAAAUGCAGAUCUUAUCGCUGUGUUUGAAAGUGGAGUUAUCACAGAACAAGGAAAUCAUUCUCAACUGAUUGAAAAAAAGGGAAUCUACUAUAAACUUGUUAACAUGCAGACAAUAGAAACUGAAGAUCCAUCAUCAGAAAAAAGUGAAAAUGCAGUCAGUGUCAAAAGAAGUGGAUCUCAAUCAAAUCUGGAUGAAUCCCUAAAAAAAGGAUUGAGAAGAGGAUCAACUAGGAGAAGCAUGAAAAAGCCAGGAGAACCUAAUGAUACUGAUGAGAAAGGUAGUUCACCUGAUGAAGAAUUACCUCCAGUUUCAUUUCUGAAACUUAUGAAGUUGAACAAAAACGAAUGGCCAUACUUUGUAGCUGGAACUUUCUGUGCAAUUGUCAAUGGAGCUUUACAACCUGCAUUUUCAGUCAUAUUCUCAGAAAUUAUAGGGAUUUUUUCAGAAACUGAUCAGAAAGUUUUGAGAGAAAAGAGCAACUUAUAUUCACUGCUGUUUUUAGCACUUGGGAUCAUUUCCUUUUUUACUUUCUUUGUUCAGGGUUUUGCAUUUGGCAAAGCUGGAGAAAUUCUUACAAUGAAGCUUCGAUUCAUGGCAUUUAAAGCAAUGCUGAGACAGGACAUGGCCUGGUUUGAUGAUCCUAAAAAUAGCACUGGAGCACUGACAACAAGACUUGCUAAUGAUGCCUCACAAGUAAAAGGAGCAACUGGUGUCAGAUUGGCAUUAAUUGCCCAAAACAUAGCUAACCUGGGAACUGGAAUUAUUAUAUCUUUAGUUUAUGGCUGGCAGCUGACCCUGUUACUCUUAGCUGUUGUACCAAUCAUUGCAGUGGCAGGAAUGAUUGAAAUGAAGAUGUUGGCUGGGCAUGCAAAAAAAGAUAAAAUAGAGCUGGAAGCUGCAGGAAAGAUUGCCACAGAAGCCAUAGAAAAUAUUCGAACUGUUGCUAGUUUGACUCGGGAAAAAAGAUUUGAGCUCAUGUACGGAGAACAUUUGCUUGUACCAUACAGAAAUUCUGUGAAGAAGGCGCACAUAUUUGGGUUUUGUUUUUCCCUUUCACAAGCAAUGAUGUUUUUUACCUAUGCUGGCUGUUUCCGCUUUGGAGCCUAUCUUGUGGUUAAUGGACACAUAGAGUACAAAACUGUGUUUUUAGUGUUUUCAGCUGUUGUAUUUGGUGCUAUGGCAUUAGGACAAACCAGCUCUUUUGCACCAGACUAUGCCAAAGCCAAGAUAUCAGCAGCCCACUUGUUUGUGCUGUUUAAUAGAGUACCUCCAAUAGACAGUUACCGCGAGGAUGGAGAGAAACCUGAAAAAUUUGGGGGAAACACAAGGAUCAAAGAUGUGAAAUUUAACUAUCCAAACCGACCAGAGGUCAAAAUCCUCCAAGGCUUGAAUCUAGCAGUAGAAAAAGGAGAAACGUUGGCCCUUGUUGGUAGCAGUGGAUGUGGAAAGAGCACUGUUGUUCAGCUACUUGAGAGAUUUUAUGAUCCACUCAGUGGAGAAAUUGUGUUUGAUGACAUUGAUGCAAAGACACUAAAUAUCCAGUGGCUGAGAUCUCACAUCGGUAUCGUCUCACAAGAGCCAAUCCUGUUCGACUUCACCAUCGCUGAAAACAUCGCGUACGGGGACAACAGUCGGGAGGUGUCCCAUGAGGAAAUCAUUAGUGCAGCGAAAGCAGCCAAUAUUCAUUCCUUCAUUGACUCUCUGCCAGAAAAAUACAAUACUCGUGUAGGAGACAAGGGAACACAGCUUUCUGGUGGUCAGAAACAACGUAUUGCUAUUGCUCGAGCUCUUAUACGUAAGCCCCAGAUUCUGCUACUGGAUGAAGCUACAUCUGCCUUGGACACAGAAAGCGAAAAGAUUGUCCAGGAAGCACUGGAUAAAGCCAGAGAAGGUCGCACCUGCAUCGUGAUAGCUCACCGCCUGUCCACCAUCCAGAAUGCUGACAAGAUUGCUGUGAUCCAGAACGGCAAGGUCAUAGAGCAAGGGACUCACCAGCAGCUCCUGGCUGAAAAAGGCUUCUACUACUCGCUGGUCAAUGUUCAAAGUGGGUCAUGCAACAUGUAAAUUAAAGGCAGUACUUCUCUCCGAAGUGUCACUCUAAUUAUUUCAACACUACAUAAUAUUACUGGUCAGUCUUGAUACUUUUUUUCCUCCAAAACAAAAGACUUUUUAUAAAUCCUAUGAAAAUAUGAAAUAACAAUGUACCAGUUUCUCACUUCUAGUUUUCAUUUUUUAAACUACUUUACUUUGUGCCUAAAGUAGAAGCCUAUUACGCCCAUAAAAGUAGAAGCAUGCUAAGCCAAAUUUAAUUCAUACUAGCUGGCUUUGAACUCUAGCAAAAUAAUGCUGUUCAGGCACAUCUGGUAAACAGUAUGUAUAUAUGAUUGUAUGCAUUAAAACCAGCGUUGCUAUUGCUAGGAACAAGCCUUAAGCCUCAUCUUCACAGUGCCUUAUGCUGACUGUGUAGGGACUCAGUUAUGGCCAAUUAGGCUUGUUAUCAACUUAUGAGAAUUUGCAGGCCAACUGGACCUAGAAUCCAGAUGUCUCUUGUGGAGGUUUAUCCUGGGAUUACUGCAAAUAUGGUCUUGGAAAUAUGGGUAUAGGUUAAAAACUAAGGCCCCAGAACUAUUAAAAAGGAUCUCACUCAUGGUCACUUACUCAUUGUGGAAGAAAUGUGACUGUAAAUGCUGGGAAAGACUGCUUUAAAUAUAUUAAAGAAAAGAAGCAGCAGAUAAGAAAUUAUAACUACACAGCAUCAGCUCUGUGGUUUUGUAUAUUAAUUGCUAAUUUAUUAUAUGAAUUUUAAGAGUUACCUGCUUUGAAUAUGGUAUAAUAGGAAUUAAGACUUUGCCAUUAGCAAUGUGUAUUGUUAAUGAAUAUCUCUGAAGUAAAGUUCUAUUUUAAAGUUUAAAA